AUGCCUCGUAAUAUCUUUCCGUUCGGCAGUUUCGGUGGUUUCCACGAAAGAGACAACGAAUUGUUGGUCACAUCACUCACCGCCAGACUCGACGGCGCGUCCUCUGGCGAGUCGUGUUCUGUCGUCUCGUAUUUGGGAUCGCUUUCAUCGCUCGGUCCGGAGUCGGAGAACGAGACGACAGUUAUCUUGUAUUUAGUGAACGGCAAUAAAUCGAAUGUAGUUCUCGACCGAAUUGUCGACAACAAUGUCUCGACUGCCACUCUUCGUGCAAAUGUCCAGAAUUUCGAGUUUACAGAACUUAAUCUUAUAGCCCUCCACAACGCGCUUCUGUGCGGGACAGCCCAACUUCCACGACACCGCUAUACUCGUCGAGUUCACUACUUUCAGGUGAACGUCACUCAGUUUGUCGAGUCUUCCAUCGAUUGGAACAAUACAUUCAGCCCAAGACAUGCCCGAAGAGGUAGUCUUUGUGUUGGCAGAGACUGCGAACUGAUAAUUAGAGCUAAUAUCUGGCUACCGUCAAGAUUUCGGUACCUGAACAACAAUCACACCUGGGUUAGCUACCGAGGCAGCGUCCCUUUAGGUCGCGGCCUUAGAGUGCGACACCAGAACACAUGGAAGUCGUCUCCAUUCCAAUUCUCUACGGGAAUGUGUUUCCAGAAUAGAGUAAUACUUCUCAUUCCUUCCGCGUUUUUGUCGGACUCUCGAAUCAAUUCCGGCGCCAAAUAUGGCACUGAAAGGAAGAAUAAAAAAGAUAAGAAAACAAUGAACGGAAAUGAAAGCAAACAAACCGUCGGGCUUUGUCUGGAGUAUAAUCGUCGCGAAGUCACUCCAAACUUUGAGUCUCAAAGUUCUAAUCAUAACUAUAAAAGUCAAACCGUUAUAAUAGACGGCAUUCACAAUACAUCUCUCGCUUUGACGGAUUUGAUUCCGCAUAUGGUUUACAAUAUUAGCAUUCGUUGCAAAACAAUACAAUCAAAAAGUAGCGAAUACUGGAGUGACUUCGCGACGAUUAUACUCCAGACAAAGCCCGACGUGCCAUAUUUGGCGCCGGAAUUGAUUCGAGAGUCCUUUCAAACCGACAAAAACGCUGAAGGAAUGAGAAGUAUUACUCUAUUCUGGAAACACAUUCCCGUAGAGAAUUGGAAUGGAGACGACUUCCACUAUACAAUUGAGUUCAAGGAACAAAUGUAUCGCAAAUCGAGAGCCAGUAAUCUAUUGGACAAAGGAUUUAAUGACAUGAUAACGAGUCAUAACACGAGUUUCACUUUCAAUCAUAUGAAGUCCAACAUUGCCUAUACUUUUAAGAUAACAGCCGUUAACUUGCAGGGAGUUUCCCGAAAUCAUUCAUACAUUAGUGUCGACCGAAACGAUAUCAUUGCUCACAAACCGUUAAAUAUUGACGUCUAUUCUUUCGGCGGCGGACGAUAUGAAGUGCAGUGGACAGAGCCUCGCAAUAACACAAUGAGCGGUCCGAUUGUCAACUACACUGUGUUCUGGUGUCGCACUCUAAGGCCGCGACCCUUUCCCUGCGACGGAGCCAUCGAUUGGGUCCACACUAACAACAAGUCCAUGGCUUUAGAACUGCCAGAUAUUAGCUCUAAUUAUCAGUUCGCAGUCUCUGCCAACACAAAGACUACCUCUUCGGGCAUGUCUUGGGCUGAAUGUAUUGUUCCAAUCGAUGGAAGACUCGACAAACUGAGUGACGUUCACUUGAAAGUAGUGAACUCGACGAGUAUAGCGGUGUCGUGGAAGUUGGGCUGUCCCGCACAGAAGCGCGUUGUGGAGGGCUAUAAGAUUAAGUUUUGUAAACUCGAGAUUCUGGACAUCUGUACGAAGAGUGGCAGUCGAGACAUUGUUGUCGACAAUUCGGUCGAGAACUAUAUUCUCACCGAUUUAUUGCCGUUCACUAAAUACAAGAUUACUGUCGUCUCGUUCUCCGACUCCGGACCGAGCGAUGAAAGCGAUCCCAAAUACGAGACCACAGAACACGAUUCGCCAGAAGACGCGCCGUCGAGUCUGGCCGUGAGUGAUGUGACCAACAAUUCGUUGUCUCUGUCGUGGAAACCACCGAAACUGCCGAACGGAAAGAUAUUCUAUUACGAGAUUAUGUUGAAUAACAUUAGUUAUAAACUGAAUCCCGAUAUUUGCACUCUCGAUGGUUGUGUCAAAACGGUUAGCGGUCUCUACAGUUACACAACGCAUGACAUACGUGUGCGCGCCUGUAAUAGCGAGGCGUUGUGUUCACCCAUGACUCCAAGCAUUGCCAUUCGGACGAUGCCGUGGAAGCCACAGAAGAUGGAUCCGCCCAGAAGUGAAGUCCAUAACUCGACUUCGGUUCGCAUUUCGUGGUCACCGCCGAAUGCGGCCAACGGUCCCAUUGAUAUCUAUUAUCUGCAACUCAUUCGUACCGAUAAUACAACCGUUGUGUACAAUACGUCCGGAAAGAAUACCGAAUAUUAUUUGUCGUUAGACUGCGACAGACGCGACCAAUCCGUGGAAUAUCAUCAACAAUAUGCGGUCAGAAUCAGUGCCGCAAACUUCGGACAAAAUGACACCGAAUAUAACAGUCAUUACAGCGAUAGGACUAAUUUGAAUGCCUGUCUAUUCAACAAACGACCGAUCGGUACAGUAAUAGGUUUGGUCGCCGGUGGAACACUUGGGCUAAUGUUAUUAGUGAUGGUUUUGGUUGUAUUGGUUCGAUGGAUGAAGAAACACAUCCGAUCUAUUAAUAGUCUUCACAUUGAAUUACCCAAAGGCCUGGAAGUGCCACAACUCGUGACCGACCAGUCGGACAGAGACAACGGCGACAGCUUUGGACCAUUUGGUCGAACAGAUAGUAUACCUAAUAUCGCGUCCGUUAACGAUAACGACGACGACUCGUUUAAGAACAGACACGGAUCAGGUCUUUCGCACACAAGUAAUUCGUCGACUGAGGGCUUGAUAUAUAGGAACACUUCAAAUAAGCCGAACGAUGCUUUCCUUCGUAUGGCGAGCAGUGAUAGCGGACAACACGAAAGCGUUUCCUCCCAUUUCAGCGGAGGAGAGGCUCACAUGUCGUCGGAUUCUGGCGUUGAGAUCGAUACUCAACUCUUGAGCAUUGAAUUAAUAGAAGCGCAACGCGUCAACAAAAUUAGUCCCAAACCUCCCCUUCCAAUAUUGGAUGAGAUCUCGUCUCGUAAUAGCGAUUCCAGUGGUAGUAAAGACUCGGGACUCGAUAUCAACACUGGUCUCGUCAGGAAUAAGAGGAGACGGAAACCCAAGAAUAUUAAAACUAAUUCUAAGAUCUCAGCGCUAAUUAUGCCGACAAGAAAUGAAGUGCAAAAUCCUUUAUAUGACACACCGUUGGGACACAAUGUCUGCAUAUACUCUCUAUUGGCCAACAGUGAGCCCUCGCUUUGCGAAUUACCCGUUAGAGAAGACGACAACAUAUUGACUGACUUAACGAAACCAGAGUUGGCUAAAAGUCUCACAAAUAUUGUUAAUUAUUGUAGUUUUUCCGAUCCCAAAGCCAAUUGUAUUAUGUAUGACACGAACACUACCAGCAAAACCUCUUCGCCUAACCGUCCGUAUUAUAAAUACGGAAACAAACGACAAAAUCAUAUCCCAAACAAUUAUGUGACAAACUUUUUGCCCGAAAAGGGCAACAAAAUGAUCGUAAAGCCAAACGACGGUUACAUCACAAUCGAGAGUAUUAUAGAAAACGGCCAAACAUUACCGCCGAAGCCGUUGAAGAAGCGUUUAGAGCACGACUGGUCGCAAAACAGUUACGACGCGGAGGUCUCGUCGACCUCUUCUAAUGGCGACAACGAACAGACAGACCUCACGAAUCAAAAACUAUUUACACAAAAUUGUAUGCCAUUUACUGAUUGUGAGAAAAUACAAAACAUUAAUGCGAUCGACGCUCAACACACGGCACAAACCGAUGCCAUUCGCGUCGACCCAUCUGUCCAUCCCGUCUAUCCAUUGCGGACGUCAUCGCAAGAAGUGGACGACGACUGCGACACACAUAUAAGUGAUUCGGAAGAGUGGACAGCGAUGUCUGCGCCGAAACAGUCGCCUAAAAGUGAUGUGUUUGUUAGGGAUAGUAAUGGCUAUGUAUUGCACAAUGCGGUGAAUCAGUUGACCGGAAACCAAAUCAAACCAAACCUAAUCAGGAAAUCAAACGGAUAUGUCGUCAUUGAGACGAAUGGUAUCGAAAUGAAUGAUUUUGUGCCAAAUAAUAAUAUUGUCAGUCAUGUGACACAAGUUUGA